UUGGUUAUACGCAAAAUGAAGUGCCUCAGUCUCCUAUUGCUAGUAGCUGCUCAAGCGGCCUGGGCUCGCGUGCCCUACCAGCCCCUGCCCGACAUUGAGUUGCCGCCAGUUCUCGAGGAUGAGAUCUACGAGCGUACCAUCUAUGUCGAGCCUUUGCCAGAAAGCCGUUCUGCCGGCUGCAGUGUGACCAUCCGCGGCGGUCUGCCCAAGCCAGAGCCAGUUUAUCUGGAAACCAACUCGGAGAACCUGUAUCCCUUCAACCAUUUGGGCGUCAUGGAGGUGGAGAAUGGCAAGACCCUGCAGCUGUGGUGCCCCAGCGGCUUUGGCACACACUCCGACAGCCUGUUGACUGCCACCUGCGUGAGCGGCACCACCUUCAAGGUGGAUGGCAAGGAACACGAAUUCAAGGAUCUCUACUGCAACUCCUGGCCUGGCUUCAAGGCUAUAAAGUCGGGCGCCACGUGCAAUGGUGGCGUGGUCAUUCGCGUGGGCUUUGAGAUAUCCUCGUCGCGUUUUGCCGAGCAAAUGCAGGUGUGCUUCAAUGAGGAGGAGGAGGUGACCCGCUACACGCGCCACCAGCUGUACCCGGGCAGCAACUACUAUGAGACGGGCGUGGACCGCAUUACCUUCCAAACGGCGGGCUACUUCGAUGGCAAGAACGUGGACAAGCUCUACACGCAGGCCACACAGCUGGAGACCAUCAACAAGGAUUUGGGCGGCGAUGCGGAUAAGUAUUUCGAUUCGGCCUCAAACGUUUACCUGGCACGCGGUCAUCUCGGCGCCAAGGCCGACUUCAACUAUGCGCCCGAGCAGCGCGCCACCUUCCUGUUCAUCAAUGCGGCGCCCCAAUGGCAGGUCUUCAAUGCCGGUAACUGGGCACGUGUCGAGGAUGGCGUCAGGGCUUGGGUGUCCAAGAACCAAUUGAAUGUCAACUGUUAUACGGGCGUCUAUGGCGUGACCACGCUGCCCAACAAAGAUGGUGUCCAGACACCGCUCUACUUGGCCCGCGAUGGCAACAACAAUGGCCUGAUUCCCGUGCCUAAGCUCUACUUCCGUGUGGUCAUCGAGCCCUCAACGCAUCGCGGCAUCGUUUUCGUCGGCGUCAACAAUCCCCAUUUGACCGAGGAAGAAAUCAAGAAGGACUACGUGAUUUGCAACGAUGUCAGCGACCAGAUCACCUACAUCAACUGGAAGAAGACGGACAUCAAGGCUGGCUGGUCCUAUGCCUGCGAGGUUGCCGACUUCCUCAAGACCGUCAAACAUUUGCCCGCUCUGACGGCCAAGGGUGGUCUACUUGUCUAGGCUGUUCCAAUAAAGACAACUGUUUAAUCGAAUAUUCAAAAAAA